AUGACCAGCUAUAGUCCACGUCUGCGUCGUGCCUCUGGUCGGAAGUUGCCUUCUGAUGGCCGGCGACUGUACCGCGGGAAGAUGCUCGAGGCUCGACGCCGGCAUUAUUUGAGUCACAGGGCCCGCAGAUUCACAGUAGACAGACGGGGCCGGAUUAAGGAUUACCAGGCGGGCGAGAAUGAUGUUGACCAGGAGCAUUGCGACAACACCGAAAAUCCCAAAGACGAGUCUGUCCCGGAUGGUUGGGAUCCUGAUGACUAUCGCACGAUGCUCAAUGCUAUGAAGCAACGAGAUCGAUAUCUUGAGCUUGCUGAAAAGGCUCGCAAGGACAUGGAAAGCCAUCGCGCAGGCUAUCGCGGGAACCGUGGGCGGCAUUUCGAGGGCCAGGAUCCAGGACUCUCAGGAUGGAAUCCGCAAUGGACGAGGGAGGAGUUCGACAUCCACCAUUUGGAAGAAGCUAUGCGUCUCUCGGGGAUAUUGCGUCAGCUAGAGGAACGCCUGAUAGUGCGCAUGAGACUUUGUGCCUGGGUAGGAGCCGAGCCACUAGCUUCGCAAGCAAACCACUUUACCCACAAGGACACAGGUUAUGCCGAGAGUUUGGAGCAAGAGAUGAGAGACAGCGCCCCUAGGGAAGCUAUUAAGACAUGGAAGGAUGGUCUAGGAAAGGCCGCCAAAAAGUCGACAGAGGCUUCGGAAGGACGGCUGAACCUCUAUUCCCCGGACCAUGUCGUUGAGUACCCAGAUACCAUUGCUUCUAAGACUGGUCCUGAUAUAGAUCCUGGGGACAGCUUAAACCUUCAAGGAAGAGUCAUGGCUCCUGGGCAGACGGAUAACCUCCAGGUCGAACGUCCUCAUUAUGAGCCUCACAAGGAGCUCGCAAAAGCUGUGAGAUGGCAGCCGACUAAUGAUGUCCGGAGGAGACUCAAUGGCAGAUACCCGGCCAAGGACGACGAUCCGAUUGAAGGCGAGGACCCGAUGGAAAUCGAAGAUCCGGCCGAAGGCGAAGAUCCGAAAGUUUUAAGAAGCCAUAUGUAUUGA